AUGGGGUGUAACUCGAAUCCAAAACAAAAAGGUAUUAGGAUUUGUAACUACGUCAGUAUGGCAGAUAAAACUCUACUGAAUUUAUUUGAUCGACCAACAGAACCCGUCUUCUAUCCUAAGGGUGACAACGAAGUCUUUGAUAUUCCAGAUGAAUAUCUUACUGACCGUUUCAAGCCUUUGGGACACAGCCUAACAGACAGAGUAGGAGGAGGAGCAAAGAAGAUACCAGUGAAGAAGAUAACUCUGCCAGACAUUAGCCUCCCUUUGCAGCUUGACAAAAGAGCCAAUUUCUCACUCUUUCUCCCCUUCCAUCGAAGUAUGGCUGCCAGGCUAAUAGAAGUCUUCUUGGGGAUGAGGGAUUUAGAAGACUUUAAAGCAGCUGCUGUCCAAAGCCGGGAUCGUCUCAACCCCUAUUUAUUUAACUAUGCAUAUUCCGUGGCAAUAUAUCAUCGACCUGAUACGAUGAAUUUAAAUUUGCCUUCACUUGCAGAAGUAUUCCCUGACAAGUUUAUGGACAAAAGUCUUUUUGCAAGAGCUAGACAAGAAUCCAGUCUUAUGGAUGAUCAGAGGGAACCUAUAGAAAUUCCUGUAGAUUACACUGGUUCUGACUUGGAUCAUGAACACCGAUUGGCCUACUUCAGAGAAGAUUUGGGUAUAAACCUUCAUCAUUGGCAUUGGCACUUGGUUUAUCCACAUGAUGGACCAGACUCAGUAGUGAAAAAGGACAGGAGAGGAGAACUCUUUUACUAUAUGCACCAACAAGUUCUGGCCAGAUAUAAUAUGGAAAGACUAUGUAACAAGUUGGGCCGUGUUAAGCGCUUCAUCAAUUGGAGAGAACCAAUGGAAGAAGGCUAUUUUCCCAAAUUAGACAGUUUAGUAGCCAGCAGAAACUGGCCUCCCAGAUUUAACAACACAAAACUAAAUGAUGUUUACAGAGAAAUUGAUAAUACUAAAUUUGAUAUUCAAGAUUUGGAAAGGUGGAGAGACAGAGUUUUUGCAGCAAUUCACAGUGGAACCGUUGUAGAUGGCGACGGUAAAUUCGUAGAACUUUCAGAAUCUCGAGGUAUAGACAUAUUAGGAAACAUCUUAGAAUCAAGUGUGUUAUCAAUUAACAGGAACAUGUACGGUGACAUCCACAACCUCGGUCACGUUGCAAUAGCACUAUGCCAUGAUCCUGAAGGAAAACAUUUGGAAGGAUUUAGUAUAAUGGGGGAUACUUCUACAGCAAUGAGGGAUCCGAUAUUUUAUAGAUGGCAUGCUUUUAUUGAUGACUUGUGCCAGGAACAUAAAAACACCCUUCCACGUUAUACUACACAACAGCUCGGUUACUCAGGCGUAAGAGUAGCAUCUGUAGAGGUUCAAACUGAUAAACUACAAAACAAAAACAAACUAUUUACAUUCUGGCAACAGAGUGAUGUAGAUCUAUCUCGCGGUCUAGACUUCGCACAAAGAGGACCUGUCUUAGCUAGGUUCACACAUCUCCAACACAGACCAUUUAGUUAUAAAAUUAUGGUUGAAAACACCGGCUCAGCAAGAAUGGGUACAUGUAGGAUUUUCAUGGCACCCAAGUUUGAUGAAAGGGGUCUUCCAAUGUUAUUCCGAGAUCAAAAGAAUUUCUUUGUUGAGUUAGACAAGUUCACAGUCAAUUUGAAAAAUGGUAAAAACACAAUCACCAGAAAAUCUUCUGAAUCUUCUGUGACCAUCCCUUUUGAAAAGACAUUCAGAAACUUAGACAGUGGGAGACCUAAUGCUGGAGUGCAAUUGGAACAGUUCAACUACUGCGGUUGUGGUUGGCCCCAACACAUGCUAAUCUGCAAAGGAACUUCAGAGGGAUUUGCUUGUCAACUAUUCGUCAUGAUAUCAGAUUUCAAUCAGGACAAGGUGGAGGAUAAGAGUGGCGGCCCGAGAACAAACCAGUGUGCUGAUGCAGUCAGCUACUGUGGCAUCAGGAACAAGCUGUACCCAGACAAGAGGUCGAUGGGCUUCCCAUUUGACAGGCAGCCCAGGGCAGGAGUUGACACUAUCCAAGAGUUUCUCACCCCCAACAUGAGGAUAGUAGAUGUAGCUGUUCACCAUGCCAAUACAAUUGUCAGACCUGGAGUUAUUCUUGAAAAUAACUAGGCAUAACAUCUUUCACCAGAAAACUUAAUCUUCCUAUGAAUAUGACAAAAUAUAUUAUUUUGAAUUAAUGUCUUAUUUAUAUUCUGUUUCAUGCCC